CAUGUUUUCGACCUUCAAGCAAACAAACAUGAGAUACGUUAUUUAGUUGGCGGACAAUUGGACUUUCAACUCUCCACUGAUAAGUAGCCUAACAUUGACAGCACCGGUGAAUAUGAACGUAUGUUGAAUUUAUGCAACUGUAAGACAGUAACUCCGAGAAGCAUGGUGUCCAUUUCACUGGGAAGACGUCUGGUGGCGUGUCUCCUCAAUGUCUCUGAGGCUCGAAGGAAAGACCUGGUGGACAUGGUGGCCAUGGCUGCAGUAUACAACUCUGAAGCAGGAUGUCGAAGAGAAGAGACCACUGUACUGAACAUCUUCAACGACCACGACUACAACCGUUCUGUCAUCACAAUCGUGGCAAGUAUUGAAUCCAUCAGGGAGGCGGUUUUGUCUGCUUGUGAAAAAGCCUGCCAGCUGUUUGACAUGAGCAUACACUCGGGUGUCCAUCCAUGUUUGGGUGCUGUGGACCUCAUACCCAUCUACCCCCUGGGGCAGGACGUGGGAGUCCAACACUGUGCUAAAGAGGCUCAGGCUGUUGCUCAGGGACUCACAGAGCGAGUUCAGGGCACAAGUGUCUUCCUGUUUGGCUGGGCAGACUCCCCACUUCAGCGAGGGCUUGCUCAAAGGAGAAAGGAGAUGGGAUGGUUCAAGAAGACUCCAGACUUGAGUAGUAUCAGACCUGAUGUGGGACCUCUGCCACAGAAAGCCUUUGGCCUCACGGGUGUUGGUGCCAGUCCUUAUGUUAUGAACUGCAACGUCACUAUCGACACCCAAGAUGUAAAAAUAGGACAAAGCAUUGCUUCAGCCAUUCGGGAGUCAACAGCGGGUGGUCUUCCAGGUGUGCAAGUGCUGGCCUUGCCUCACGAGGGCGCUGUGGAAAUCGCAUGCAAUGUGGAAAGCGUGCAGGGAAGUCCACCUUGCCAAUUGACGGCAACAACACCAUGGCCGUCCUUCAGCGUUGGGGGGCAACCAUACUUUCACGUUCCAGCUUCGCUCAUCACCGCCAGGGUUGCAGAGCUGGCGGGGGGGCAUGGUGUUGGCACCAAGGGCACCGCCUUGGUGGGGUUCACUCCCCAGGAGUGCAGGGGCUUGGCAGAGUUGGCUCUGUCUCAAGGGAUUGCAGAGUUUUGGAAAGAGCAACGUAAGACGCGCAUGUGAAAAUACAAAAUAUCAUAUCUAACUUGCAUUACAUCUCUGCCAUAUCUUCCGAGCAUUACAUAUCUGCCAUAUCUAACUAGUAUUACAUCUCUGUCAUAUCUACCUAGCAUUACAUAUCUACCAUAUCUACCUAGCAUUACAUAUCUACCAUAUCUACCUAGCAUUACAUAUCUACCAUAUCUACCUAGCAUUACAUAUCUACCAUAUCUACCUAGCAUUACACAUCUACCAUAUCUACCUAGCAUUACACAUCUACCAUAUCUACCUAGCAUUACACAUCUACCAUAUCUACCUAGCAUUACACAUCUACCAUAUCUACCUAGCAUUACACAUCUACCAUAUCUACCUAGCAUUAUACAUCUACCAGAUCUACAUAGCAUUACAUAUCUACCAGAUCUACCUAGCAUUACAUAUCUACCAUAUCUACCUAGCAUUACACAUCUACCAUAUCUACCUAGCAUUACAUAUCUACCAUAUCUAACUAGCAUUACAUAUCUACCAUAUCUAACUAGCAUUACAUAUCUACCAUAUCUACCUUGCAUUACAUAUCUACCAUAUCUACCUAGCAUUCCAUAUCUACCAUAUCUACCUCACAUUACAUAUCUACCAUAUCUACCUCACAUUACAUAUCUACCUCACAUUACAUAUCUACCUAACAUUACAUAUCUACCUCGCAUUACAUAUCUGCAAGGUAAUAAUAUGAAUGACUAUAACUAUGAAGGACAGAUUAUACUAUGAAGUUUGGAUAUCUGUCACAAGUAGAUCAACAAGACCUUACGAGGGUGACAUGAUACUGCAAUAAACAAAAAAAACCCAAGCCACCAGCCUUUGUUGUAUUAGAAAAUGAUAUUCUAGAAUAAACAUUUGUCCAUUAACACAUUUCAAUAGACAUCAAAUUAAUAUCAGCAUUGUUACCUGACUGAAAAUGAGUAGGUACAAAGUCUAAUGAGGUGAGCAUUAAGACUAAGACCAUCUUUAUGAUGACAGCACAGUAUCAUAGGAUCUUCACAAUGUAUAAUAAGGUCUUCAUGAUGACAGUAGAAAAGACGGAGGGGGAACUUCAUUGUCGUUUUGUGCCCCUGACUACACGUUCCGCCCAUAUCUUAUCUGACAAAACCCUUCAGACUCCCCUGGAGCACCUGACACGGACAGUCGUAUGGGGGAUCAGUGGGGUGAUCAGUGGGGGUCAUGCUUUACAAAAACGAAACAAGCCGACCUGAGCUCCAUCUGUGCAAACAGCCAUGCGGUGUGUUUGGCCCCUCGACAAACUGAGCAUGACCCAAGGCAAACGGUCAAAGGCAAAGCUUUAAGCGUUCCCACAAUUGGAGGGUUGUUAUGUGGGCUGUUGUAUGGUACACAUGCACACCCAAGGACUUUACCAAUGCUAACCAGAACUCAACACAAAUUGUGGUCACCUGUCUCAGGUGAUAUCUGACAGAAAUGCUAAGACCAUGUCGAAGGACUGGGGAAUC